AAUCAAUGAAAGUCUAAUCAACCACAACACAAUAAGAUGAUCACUUCUUAAUUUCCAACUAUGAUUAUAAGUCAACCAACAUUGAAAAGAAUGGAGACAAGUACAUAGCAAAACCCCAGAUUACAAAUUUCAAAUUCAAGACUGACACCAGAAUUCCAAAAGUAGGUGUUAUGCUUGUUGGAUGGGGAGGAAACAAUGGAACAACUCUUACUGGUGGUAUAUUGGCCAACAAAUUCAAUAUUACAUGGAAUAGCAGAAGAGGAACUCAUCAACCAAAUUUUUAUGGAUCUCUUACAUAAAGUAGUGUCAUUAAGAUUGGUACAUGCAACACUGAAGAAGUCUUUGUUCCAUUCAAAGAUGUGUUACCUAUGGUUAAUCCAUGUGAUAUAGUAUUUGGUGGAUGGGAUAUCAGUUCAAUGAAUUUGGCUGAUGCUAUGAGCAGAGCAUAAGUUGUUGAAUAUGAUUUACAAUAAAAAUUGAGACCAUAUUUAGAAAAGUUGGUUCCAUUACCCUCAAUUUAUUAUCCAGAUUUCAUUGCAGCUAAUUAGGGAGAUAGAGCAGACAAUGUCAUUCCAGGAAAUAAUAAAUUAGAGCAUCUUAACAUAAUUAGAAAGAAUAUUGCAGAUUUCAAAUAAUAAAAUAAUUUGGAUAAAGUAAUCCUCUUGUGGACAGCAAAUACAGAGAGAUUUUGUGUUGAGGAUCCAAAUAUUCAUGGAACAGCUGAGAAAUUAUUAAAAUCAAUUGAAUCAAGUCAUCCAGAGAUUAGUGCCUCAACAAUAUUUGCAUGUGCUGCAUGUUUGGAAGGAUGCUCAUUCAUUAAUGGAUCACCAUAAAAUACAAUUGUUCCAGGAGUUAUUGAAUUAGCAGAAAAGGCUGGAGUCUUUGUUGCAGGAGAUGAUUUCAAGACUGGAUAGACUAAAUUCAAGACUUGUUUAGUUGAAUAUUUGGUUGGUGCUGGUAUCAAACCAAAAGCCAUUAUCUCAUAUAAUCAUUUGGGAAAUAACGAUGGAAAGAAUUUAUCAUAAGAGUCUUGCUUCAAAAGCAAGGAGAGAAGCAAGAAGACUUGUGUUGAUGACAUCUUGGAAUCCAAUAAAGUUUUAUAUCCAACAGAAGAAGAAUUGAACAUUGAUCAUACCAUUGUUAUUAAGUACUGUCCUGAAACUGGAGAUAGCAAGAAGGCUAUGGAUGAGUAUAUUGCUGAAAUCUUUUUGGGAGGAAGAUAAACUUUUGCAGUUUACAAUGUUUGUGAAGAUUCAUUAUUGGCUGCUCCAUUGAUUAUGGAUCUAUUGUUAUUGUGCGAAUUAUUUGAGAGAAUUCAAUUCUCCAAAGAUUCUUCUGAAUAUCAAAGAUUCGACACAGUCUUAUCUUGGUUGAGUUAUUUGAUGAAAGCUCCAAAAUCAGAAAGUGGAAUCACUACCAUCAAUUCUCUAUCAAGACAAAGAGCUAUGCUUGAAAAUUUAGUUAAAGUAUGUGCAGGAUUAACAAUUGAUGAUAAUCUAAGAUUGGAAGUUAGAUAUGGUGCUAGCAGAUUUUAAUAAUGAUUUUAACUAUAUUUGUAAUUAAUUAUAUCACAUUAAAUAGAUA